AUGAAAGCGAUCUUUCUUAUAGCUUUCUUUCACUUGCUUAUAAGUGAAAGGAUUUUUAGGCACUCAUUUCUGCAGCAAGAAGCCAUAAAAGCAGCCCAGGUCGCUACAAGUGCAGACACUGAAGCAAGCUCAAAUGACGCUGAAGGUUUAAUGGCCCAAGCCGAAGCUGAAAUUGUAUCAGAGCCAAGCAGCCCCGACAAUGACCCAUUAAUAAUGAAAUACAUGAUAGAAAGCACUACAAUUUACUUCAAAGACUACUAUGUCCCUACCCACACAGACAGUUCCGGAAAUGUCACUUAUCCAGAUCUCGACCAAAUCAGAGAAAACAUGUACGCAGACCUUACAAGCUAA